AUGGCAGACCCCACUCAAGCGCAUGGUCGCGGAGUCCAGCAACUUUCUUCCCCGCAAAAUGUUCGCAGUCCACUCUCGCCAGGCAGCGGGAGCGGAACCCCGAUCUCUUUCCAGACAAACGUGAAUCGCUCAAAAACAAAACGUUGGGUGGAAGCAAAGCAGUAUUCUUAUGACGGAGGUGACUGGGGUAGCGACGAUGAUGAGGAAGAGGAGGAGGAGGUGCCUCCUCCAGUACCUCGGCCUCCCUAUGCCACCCACAACACUGGCAGUUCGUCUGAGUUGUCCUCGAGGCGUUUGUCUGGGAUGGGAUUCGGAGCCGGUGAGUCGUAUCCGGUUGACAGCAAGGGUAGGAACUUUAGUGGAGGAGAGCAGAAGGCUCUGCCCUUUGUCAGGCCGGCCGACCUCUAUAAACGCAUGCGCGAGGAGAAAGCGACACAGCCGUCUCCUAUCACUAGUAGCAAUGAUCCCAAGCCUGACGCGUUUGGAGCUCCAUCUCAAACAAACCAACAGGGGCCUGACUUGGGCUUACCAGAAGUCAAGCGUAUGUCUAGCUUUGGUACCGAUUUCUUGGGUGGUGCAGACUCCCACCCACCGCAGGAUCUCUCUGCAUCUGAGGAGCCCUCUUUGAAUCACAAACCUUCAUCGGGAUUCCGAUCGGUAGUGAAUCAGGCCUUCGAUGUCCCAGAAACUCCACAAUCCACUACCACUAGUUUCACACGGUCGAACAGCGAUGGCACUUCGACGAUUAGCCCUAUCAUGGGCUCUCGUACUCUAACUGAUGAAAGAACACCCACCAUUCCAGAGGAACCUAAUGAGUCAGGCUCCCCGAAGGCAGCUGCGAAUGCGGUUCCAGCGUUCAACCCCGGUCAUCGCCGGGACCUGAGCCUUCCUAGUUCGGACAACAGUCCUUCGAGAAAACCCCAAGUCACAGACCAGGACACCCCAACAGCCGCCCAUGCAGAAUUGUCCUCUAUUCCCCCUCUCCAGAGUUUGUCCCCAGAAUCGUCUGAUGUGGCAAUUUCUCCUCAAAUCCCAUUGAUGCAACCAUACCCGAACAAGGGGCAGGAUAUUCCUGCCCCUCUCAAAUUCGGAAGCGCAUCGGGCCCUGAUACCUUCCAUAGCGAAAUCCCCACCAUCACGGGAGUCGAGGAAUCGCCACAGAAUACCGACAGCGAUCGCUUGAGGGAGGAGAUUAUCCGAUCAUUAAGUCGGGAAGCCACCCCCUCGGAGGACCCGGAGCCCAACAAGCAACCCCAGUCGCACGCACCCGCUGAACCCAUCCUUUCUGAAAGCCGCCCAGACUGGAACAGCCCCCCUCCUUUGCCGUCUAGAGACCCUUAUGUGAAUAGUCAAGACGCGACUGGUAACUCUUCAUCCACGAUCGGCGAUCAGCCAAAGAAGCCCAAGCUAGAAAGACGGUUCUCAUGGGAAUCCUCUGACGAGGAAGAAUUAGAGCCGCCUCAAAUGCCCGGAAGCUAUUCAUCGCCCCCUCCUUUGGCCGCAUCCUUGUCUACGCAAGAGCCUGAGCCGAUACAUGAGGCGCCCGCUCCAGUAGUGCCGGAUUCGAACGUGCCGCACGACUCGUUUACUUCUGAUGAAGAAGGGUCUGAUACCCAGCGUGCUGUGGCAAAGCCUCGACUUUCCAUUGUUCCACCCAUUCCGGAGAACACUACACCACCGGAGCAGGUCAUGGGACCAGGGAUUACGCCACCUACACCACCUCCGCGAGCUCAAGUCGCUUCUAACGCCGUCAGCUCAUCACUCGAUGAGUCUCAACUUCUUGGCUUCCGUGACAUUCUCGGUAUCACAUCUAUCAACCAGCGUAUUAAGUCUUUCGAACACACCCGUGACCAGUUCGCCACCAUUGACACUGGUUUGAAUCAUUGGCUGCAGUUCAUGGUUCAUGAGCACCCCGAGCAUGCUAGCGUGGUACAACAGACCCAGAGUUUCUCCCCUACCGUGCCAGCAUCAGAUAUUUCCCGCAGCAGAUUCCCCAAGUUAGGUGCUCUUAGCAGUCUUGGUUCCUUGAAUGACGGUACUCCGACUAGCUCCACUCAUAUCAGACGCCCUUCGGGCCAUCUGGGUACUGUGAUGAAUAAGGAGAAGGUCGGAGAGAAAGGAAAAGAGCUUCUUCAUACUGCGGGUGCAUUUAGUGGCAAGGCAACUGGAGCGGCUAAGGGGCUGUUUGCCAAGGGCAGAAGCAGGUUCCGACCCAGUGGAGGGUCUGAGAAGGUUCAGUCAACCCCAAAUGCUUCUCGCCGCAGCUUUCAGUUCUCCUUCCCUUCAGGGUCGGGUGAAAUGUCUGGUAACUCUUCUCGACAAACAUCUGUUAGCUUUGGCAGUCUGCCCAUCUUCAAAUCCGAGCGAACCGGACCCAAAGUUGAUGAUGAUCCGCCGGUCAGUCUCUGUCUAGAUGGUCCAGAGUGUGAACACAAUGCCGGAAAAUUCAUCAAGACGACCAACUCGGGGAAAACCUCCCUGUCGCACAACCAUGUUGUUCCUCCUGUACAACCGAAGCAACCGUCAUCUUCCAACAGUGUCCCUCUUAACCCCGAGGUGCCCGGAAAGUCUGCUUUUGCUGGCGACUUGGAGCAGGAGAUGAUAGCUGCCCUUGGCCUUUCACCCACAGAUCCUCAUCCUCAGAGGUGCACAAGUACUCCGAUGGUGUUGAAUGCAUUCAGCCAGGCACCUGACAGAAAACGCCAAUCCACAGAGCCACUGCCGCAAGGGCAAAGCACAACUAGCAAUCAAUCCGAUACUGAAGCGCCAGCGGUCAAAGUCCCAGUUUCCGAGAACAGCUUGCCAGUCAUUCCUGAUGAGCCUUUUCACGUCUCUUUCCCGGUUACGAACGGCCAGAAGCAUCGAUCAAGCAAGUCUACACCAGAGGUCAUUAUUCCAUCAAUCCGUCCAGUGUUUGAUGAAAUGCCUAAGCCUCCUUCAUCACCUCCUCCUCCUCCUCCUCCUCCUCCUCCUCCUCCCAAGGAUCAUGAUAACAGGCUUGCACCUAGGCAGGACCAUAGGCGUCAUCCCUCUGUCUCAACACUCGGAGCGGACGAGCGAGCUGGAAGUACAUCCGACGGUGAACUCGACAGGCAUCCCCCCUCUCCUAUGCAAGAAACAGCAAACGAGGUAGUACCAGAACCAUGGUAUAAACGCAAGGCUGAGCAUUCUGUGGAUGGCGACUAUGAUGACUCAGUGUUAUCUGUUCAAGAGAAGAGGAAGUCCUUCAUACCUUUUUAUCCGUCACGUCCCAUCAGCGCUGCAGAGCUCCUCGAGCCCAAAAGAAAAUCGAUCAGUGGCCUACCGCCAUCUGCUCCGGACGUGCAUAGUCCCUUGAGAAACGAAGUCAGAUAUUCGCCAGGGACCCGAAGCAGCAUGCUGAGCUUUGGUAGCUUCGGGAAGCAGAGCGUCAACGGCAAAGGGACUCGUCCGUCUACGCCUGCUAAUGAUCUUUCACAGCCUUCAGAAGCUGGAACUUCUGCAGGGAAUGGGGAGUCUGCUAUUGGGAAACUCAAAAACUUUGGGAGACGACGACGCGCUUCCGUGGGAGAUCUCCUUUCCGGUAUUCAAGUGCAACAGUCUCAGGGGGCCCCGGAAGGCCAGCGGAAACGAGCACUCAGCAGGAUUAGUGGACUGUUCGCCCGGCAAGGCUCUCAAGAUCCUGAAAGAAAAUCGACCGGCCACACAAGAACUACAUCGGAACAGCUGCAGAGCCAAUACCUGCCGACACCCCCGUCGACAAAUGGAAAUUUAAAUACUAAUUUUGCUGCACUGGAUGAAGCGCCAGCCCUCAGCAACCCAUUUGAACAAAAACCCUGGGCAACUCAGCCCCCCAAGCCUACGGCACCUCCACCACCACCGCCACCACCGAGCGACGCAAAACCUCUACCGGGCGAUAAUCACCAACGUCCCAGUUUAUCACUUCGAACUAGUCCAUCAUCCAACUCCCUGGCAACUGGUCGGUUCUACUCGCAGUUUCAGUCUGGAUCCACGAAUGAACCCUCCACCGGCUCUCGCCAUGGUAGCCUACUCAGCCAGCCUCUCCCUGAUCAUUCCCGCUCACCGUCUCCCAGGUCACUCCAUGAGAAUGGAGCUGCACUUGCACUGUCGCCGCUAGAGGAGCUAGAAGGCCAGCAGAUACACCAACUGCAGGCAGAUGAGCAGCGCAAACAAGAAACCCAGCGAACCCAGAACCAGAAUCCGCACCUAGACACCCUGAACGAGAACCAGGAGCAGGAGAAACACGAGGAACACAAGGAUCGCGUGCUCAGUGAGCGCCUUCAACACGAACUAUAUGGGGAGAUAAGCGAGGUUGCGACCAACAAUCAGAACCCCUCGGGGCAACAAUACGAAUUACAAGGUGAUCUCGAACAACAAAGCCUGGCUCCUCAGCUCAGUAUUCGAUCCCGAAAGCCAGUGAGUUCAGAUUUGACAUCUCCAGCCUUGGAGAACCAUACACCGCGCAACAUCGCUGUCUCAAGCGCCUCCACGCAUCCUCACCGCAGUGAGGACAUAGCCCGUGUACUCAACAAUCCACCUCAGCCGGUGGAGCUCGCCAUCACCGCCGACGACUCCAGCGAGGAGAUCGUCAUGUCCCCCACGUCCUAUCCUGGACAGGAGUGGACGCCCAUGCAUUUGUAG